GAAUGAUUAAUUAAUUUUUUGGACAAAAGCCGAGGAUAUAGGGAUAGCUAAAGUGAAAGCAAUUCAUCGGUAGGACAAGUGAUUGGGCACCUGAACCAGAAGUCACCACGAGACUGGUUCGAAUUUCCGGUUUGCUUUCACCUGUUCACACGCCGUUCACAAAUUCUCUGCUUUCUUUGUUCUUCCCUCGUCUCUGUUGCUUACAGAUCCCAUACAUUCAUUCUCUUUCCUUCCAAUUUCUGGCACUUUGGGCAACAAUGGCGGCGAUCGUGGUCCAACAAUUAGCUCACUGUAUCACUUGCCAUGCUUGGAGCCCUGACAAAUCCAUUGUUGCAUUUUGUCCCAAUAAUAAUGAAGUGCACAUCUACAAAUUGUUUGAAGACAAAUGGGAAAAGGUGCAUACCCUUCAAAAGCAUGACCAAAUAAUUUCUGGGAUUGACUGGAGUACAAGAACAAACAGAAUAGUGACUGCAUCGCAUGAUCGGAAUUCAUAUGUCUGGAACCUGAAGGAUCAGAAUGGGUGCCAACUCUUGUCAUCCUCAGGCUAA